CCUCCCGAGGGUGUGUGAUAAAGGCAGAAGUGAAGUUACGGUUGAGGGGAAGCUGAAAACACUACGUCGGAAGGAAGAGGUCAUUUUAAUGGAGGUCCAAGGUCAAUGGCCGGAGGUCUUCGAGGGCUCUGACAGACAAGAGGACUCUGGUUGGGAGGAUGAACUGCUGGGUAGCUCCACAAUCACCUUGGCUCCUCUGGUGGCCAACCCUCCUCCCCCUCCCGUUCGCCGCUCCCAGCCCCUCGUCAUCCGCAGAAGCAGAAUGAAAAGCGUGGAACUGUCCUCUGUUCCCUCUAUACCCAAUCCCUUUCCAGAGCUGUGCAGCCCCUCUCAAUCCCCAGUCCUGAUUGGCUCUCUCUCACCGCCGAGAAGUGACACACAUCUGAUCAAGGUGUUUGGUGAGGACAGUCACAGUCGGUCCCUGUGGGUGAUACCCAGGGCCACAGCCAGGGAUGUGUGCCAUUUGUUGGUGCAGACAGCCCACUGCAGCGACCAGGAGAACUGGGCUCUGAUAGAGCUGCAUCCAGCCCUGGGCCUGGAGCGAGUUCUGGAGGACCACGAGGUGGUGGUGGAGGUGCAGACUGCCUGGCCCCCAGAGAGCGACACCAAGCUUCUGUUCCGCAAGAACUACGCCAAAUAUGAGUUCUUCAGGAAACCUGUGCUGUUCUUCCCCGAGCACAUGAUCUCAGACAGUGCUGAUGUCACCAAGGGCAUGACCUCAGCAGAACUCAUCCAGAAUCUGCUGCAGUUGGGGACAUGUCCUGAGAUCCAGGGCUUCCUCCACGUCAGAGAGCCCAGCCGCAAAGCCUGGAAGAAAGUCUACUUCUUCCUCCGACGUUCAGGCCUCUACUGCUCCACCAAAGGCUCAUCAAAGGAGCCCCGUCACCUCCAGUACGUGGCUGACCUGGAAGACCUGAACGUCUACAGUAUCACCAACAGCCGCAAGCUCUAUGGUGCCCCUGUGGACUUCACCUUCUGCGUCAAGCCCAGCAAAGACCGUAUUCGUGCGCAGGACUUGAAGCUGCUGUGUGCGGAGAACGAACAAACACGCACCUGCUGGACCUCUGCAUUUAGACUAUUCAAGUAUGGGAGGCAGCUGCAUUGUAACUACCAGCUGUCCCAGUCAGCACCUUGCCUUCUGGAGGCUGUGUCUCAGCGGUGUGAGUCGGAGGCCAGCCUGGUCGCCAUGGACUUUUCAGGGAAGGCGGGGGGCCGGGUCAUCCAGAAUGCCUGGGAGGCCCAGAGUGCAGAGAGGGAGGAGGGACAGGCAUGGAGGAGGAGAGAAGCCUUGAGGUGCAGCCUACCCAACCUUACCCCAGGAUCUCGGCCCUCUUCCAUCCACAGGACCCAGCCCUGGUUCCAUGGUGGUGUGUCGCGAAAGCAGGCCCAGAGGCUGAUCGAGGAGCAGGGAUUGGUGGACGGGAUGUUCCUGAUUCGUGAGAGCCAGCAGCAUGCCCAGUGUUUUGUCCUCUCGCUGUGUUACAAGCUGAAGACCAAACACUACCUCGUCAUCCCUUGUGAGGAGGGCGGUAGGAAGUACUACACCAUGGACGAUGGCCUCACCCUCUUCAUUGACCUACUGCAGCUGGUGGAGUUUCACCAGAUCAACAAAGGCAUCCUCCCUGUCUGCCUCAAACACCCCUGUGUCUGUGUCGCCCUCUGACCACUGUGCUAGGGACACCCCAUAUGACUCCAGGGACACCCCAUAUGACUCCAGGGACACCCCAUAUGACUCCAGGGACACCCCAUAUGACUCCAGGGACACCCCAUAUGACCCCAGGGGCACCCCAUAUGACCACUGGACAAGCGAAACCCAAUAUGACAACUGGCCUAGGUAUAUCUGCAAAGUAGUUAAAACGCUGUCAGUUCCACGAUAGCUAGCUAGCUGUACACCGGUAGACUGUGUCCUUCGCCCCUGUGUUUCAGGCACUGUUUUCCCGAUGGCGAGGGCAGGCGGGAGGUAGGCGGGAGGCGGAUGCGACACCUUGUGCUAGCUGACUAGCACACUGUGUCGCUAACUAUCAAACUAGCUAGUACACAGUAUCACCGUAGCCCACCGUCUGCUGUGCUAGCAGGAGGCGGGGACGACCGGUAGACAGUGUCCUUCAACCCCGCCUGUCGGGCAUUCAUGCAGGAACCAACGGGAUGCUCGGGGGGGCGUUACGUUACUGCAGAUGUGGGAAUGCCCCAAAUUGUGAGCUGCAGUUGCACACUAUUGAAAAAGUAAUAUAUUGCAGCUUUAAGUCCAUGCUAUAGGUAGUGUGGAAGGGUCUAGACAUGGGAGGUCACAGCUAUACACCCCUAGCAGUAGCUUUUAAAUUAUGUAUUUUUAAUUGAACUUAACUUAUUGUAGUUUCAGACAUCACC